AUGGCAUCGCCUUGGCCGUUCGUGGCCUGGGGCAUGGAUGUCAUUGGCCCAAUUGAGCUAGCUGCCUCUAAUGGACAUAAAUUUAUUUUGGUUGCCAUUGAUGACUUCACUAAGUGGGUGGAAGAAAAUUCUUAUAAAUCUGUGACGAAGAAGGUAGUAGUUGAUUUCGUUCGUAACAACUUGAUAUGUCGAUUUGGAAUACCUGAUUCCAUUAUUACAGACAAUGGUGCAAACCGCAACAGUCAUUUGAUGAAGGAGAUAUGUGAGCAAUUCAAGAUUACUCACCGAAAUUCGACUGCUUAUCAUCCUCAAAUGAAUGGAGCCGUAGAAGCUGCCAAUAAGAACAUCAAAAAGAUUUUGAGAAAGAUUAUUGAUAAUUACAGAGGUUGGCAUGAGAUGUUACCAUAUGCUUUGUUGGGAUACCGAACAAUUGUUAGAACAUCAAUCGUAGCAACUCCAUACUUGCUAGUAUAUGGGACAGAAGCAGUGAUUCCUGCUGAAGUUGAAAUACCUUCAUUGAGGAUUAUUCAAGAAGUCGAACUGAGUAAUGUUGAUUGGGUUCGUAAUCGGAUUGAACACUUAGCCUUAAUUGAUGAAAAGAGGAUGACCGUUGUUUGUCAUGGCCAAUUAUAUCAACAGGGAAUGAUUCGUUCUUUCAACAAAAAAGUGCGAUCUCGAACAUUUGAAGAAGGACAAUUGGUCCUCAAACACAUCUUCCCCCAUCAAGAUGAGUAUAAGGGAAAAUUUGCACCAAAUUGGCAAGGACCAUACAUGGUUCGUAAAGUGUUAUCUGGAGGUGCCUUGAUCCUGUCAGAGUUGGAUGGCCAGGAGUGGCCAAAACCAAUCAACUCGGAUGUUGUCAAGAGAUACCACGUCUGA